AAGAUUUCAAAUAGUUUACAGAAAUUUGUGUUACGAUGACAUUGAAUAACAAUAAUAUAAGAGAACUAGAAGAAUUGAAAAGGAAAGUGAAUACCUUAUCAGAUUCAGUCAAUGGGAUACAUAAACACCACUUGAAACCUAUGAAAUGUUCCUGUUUGAUGUGUGUUGCCCUGGCUGGACUGUUGAUUGCAGGAAUACUUGCAGCUUUUAUUUUUCACUGCAUCAAUCAUCAAAAAAUUCCGGUCGGAACUAUUAUUGCGUGGAAUGGUAAAGGCAAACUCCCAGAUGGUUGGUUAGUGUGUGAUGGAAAUAAUAAUACCCCUGACCUUACAGGUCGUGUUUUUCUAGCAGGCUAUAACUAUAGUUCGGGAACAAAUAAUGAAAUUGCAGUCAUUGCCGAGCAGAAGUAUGCUGCUCAUAGUACCUUCAAAAAAGCAACCACGUCUGACAAAUAUGAGUUUUGUAAACAUGAGCAUGGAAGUUGUGAAAAAAACAAUAAAUUGAAUGUUUCCGCUGAAGUCUUCGUUAAACCUAACCAGAAUGAACCAGUUUAUCCUAAGCAUUACAAAAUUGUAUGGAUUAUUAAAACAAAAUAGAAUUUAGGGAGUAAAUAAUUUUUUAUUUCAUAUAACUCUUUCUGAAGCUACUCAUAAUGUAAUAAACCAUGUUCAAUUCUUUUGUGUGAUUUGGAAGCAUUUUCAAACAGAAGAUCUAGUUUAUAAGUGCUCAGGAAUAAAUUAUGUUAUGUUGUUCGACGCAUUUAAAUGUAUUGAAAAUACAUUCGCAACAUUUUUUAUGCUUAAAUAUUUGUUUAAUCCCCACAAAUAAGUGUCUCGUUCCAUCUUUACCAAGUGUUCGCAAAAAUGUUUUUGAAAAAAUUUACUUUUUAAAAAAUAUAUGUCCAUAGAUCAA